CAUUGCUUGUUUACACGGACAGAAGAAAAGUGCUGCUGGGAACACUUCAAAUGGCUACGAUUCAUGCGCUGCCACUCUCGUUCCCAAAUUACGCUGGAUUCGAGAAUCUGGUCAAGCCAACGUGGGACGCAGUCGGUCUAACCGUGAAUCGACAGAAACUGACUGAGCUCGUAGAGCAUGCUGCUGAACUAGCAAGGAAGAUCAUUACGGAUGAGAUGGCUAAAAAAAUGAUCACUUUGGAGAUCGACAGCGCUUCCCGCCGCAACCGACACGUGUUCGGGAUUUACGCAACCUACUUCUCGGACAAGAAAGGUGGACCUGUGUCGCGUUGUCUGGCCGUGAAGGAAAUGGUCAAGAGCCAAACAGCUGAUCAUCUCAAGGACACGAUGCAGACAGAAGCUAUGGGAAGAUAUAAAAUGCUGUCUGGCCAGCUGUACGUGGUAAUUGCAGAUAACGGUCCCAAUAUGCAGGCAUCGAUUCGUCAACUCGGUAGCAUGCUGUUGAGGAACCCCGAUCGCGAGAACGCUGAUUCAGCCAACCAGAGUUCCAGCUCAACACUCAUGGCGGCGGAGACCCGAGCCGUAGAUGCUGUAUUGCAGACGGUGACCGAAGCUCGCCUCGAACAAAUGCUGGACAUGGAGGAUUCUGAACCGGAAGAGGAAGCUGAAGAUACAGACGUGGAUGAGUCGUGGGAAGAAGAGACAAGCGAAGAGUCGUCACCAGGAGAGUUUGAAUUUAAGGGUACACGCUGCGCAGCACACACUUCCCAGCUGGCGGUGUGGGACGUUCUGAAAAGCCACACAAAACGUAUCGAAGCAAUCAAGAGUUUGGUGAAGAAGACAAGACUUGUGAAGUACAAGCAGGCUUUCAUGGAGAACAAUACCUUUUACGCGCCAAUCUGCAAUGCCACCCGCUGGAACGCUGUCUACCUAAUGAUGAAAUCAUUAAAGGAUCAGCGGACCAACUACCGGAUUCUGGAGGAUUCCUUCAACGAGCUGUGCUUUUCGAAACACUGGAGAUUUAUUGAUUCGGCCUGUGAGGCACUUGGUCCGGUGUUUUACUUGAGUGUCGAGCUGCAACAUGAACACGUGCCAUUAUCCGAGUUCUACGCUUUGUGGAUUGCUUGCCAGGCUGAGCUGAAUAAGCUAAAGGACAACCAGAUGGCCGUAAAGCUGCACGUGGCGAUGAAUACACGUUUGAAGACCCUUACUGACACAAUGCAGUUCAAGGCGGCGAUUUACUUCGACCCAAGGUUCAAUUAUCUUGGGGCGAAUCGAUUGAAACCCAAAGAAAAGGAAGCCGUGCAGCGCUAUUUGCUGAAGCUUUAUGAUCGCAUGAACGAACUGGAGGGUGUUGAAUUGGAGGUCGUGGAAAGUACUGAGAACUGUGACUUUGUUGAGGAAUACCUCGAUGAAUUGUUCGACGGAGACGAAGAUCCUAUUCCGGCACCUGGUCCCAACAACCACAUACUCCAAAGGAUAAAGGAGCUCGAGUUCCAAAAACGCGUAUUCGUUCAGCCGCUUCUGUGCAAGAAACCGCGAUUUGACAUCAUGAAGUACUGGACGGCGAAGAAAGUCUCAAAUUCGGAAAUGUUCCGGCUGGCAAAAGUCGUCCUGAGCACCGGAUCAACGCAAGUUAAUGUAGAAAGAUGUUUCAGCGCACUAAAGCUUGUUGUUACCGACCUGCGCCAGAAGCUCUCUGACCCGCAUGUGCAGGACUUAAUGGUCCUCAAGCUCAAUCCGGAUUUAUUGCCAGCGAUUGUUCAAAUGAUGAGCGAUGAAAUGUAACUGUUGCUUCCGCUGUUUCCGUUUUAUACGAUUAUUGAUCUGUAAACAUUCU